UUCCAAAGAUUGAGUUAGGUGAAAAGAAAUUGGAAAAUAGGCGCAUUUCACAAACCAAAGAAAAAUAUAUAUAUUUUGACCUCCAACCUGGUACCUUGUAGCGGUCGAGCCGACGGAUACAUGCAACCCAUUUUUCUCAUCGGGCCAAGGUCAAAGUGGAUCGACCCGCGGAUUGACAACCUUAGAUACUAGUUUCGAAGUAUCCAAUGAUGAUUUUUAUUUACUAGUUUUGAAGUAACCGGUGAUGAUUUUUAUAACGAUUUUUAUGUUAUCAUAUUUAAGAAAUAGACAAUAUUAUUAUCGGAACCGAGCCUCAGAACUCAUUGGUGGGCUCUGAUACGGAGGUUGAAUUUAUCAUAUAUUAUAGUAAAUUCAGUGAUAACAUAUUAUUGGAAAGAAGGCAAAGGCUAUAUAUGAAGUUUUAUCAUCGUUGGGUUAGAAAUUCGGGAAAAACAAUGCUCCGGAAAAAUCGGAGGUUGUCUCCAAAUCGCGAGAGCAAGGUUUCUAGGGUUUUACGGUCUGAAUGACGGUGGCUAAGCGGCCAACGUCGCCGGCUGUGCCGGGUAAGCCCCCGGAGACAUCGAGUGGGCAACGACGCCCUGCUGAAACUUCCUCUACCCCGGAUGGCAAGAGCGCCAGAGAGACGGUACAACCAAAGAAGAAGGUUCGCGCUCUAAACUUUGACGGGGAGGUAGUGGAUGUUGCGGACAUAACGACGGAAGAUAUGGACGGGAGUAGGAUGGGAAAGCAACAAAAUUGGCAUGGCAGACGAAGAAGGGGAUGAGUCGGACUCUGAGGAUGUGAUGGCAAGAGAGAAGGAAGAAGAUGAUGAGAAAGAGGAUGAGAAAGAGGAUCCAAAGUGCCCGACAAUCCCUUUUACCGCAGCGAAGAAGGCUAGGUGGCACCGAGAGUGGCGUUCGGCAUUGGUGGUGAAGGGGUUGGGAAGAAGAGUUUCUUACAUUCCGUUGGCACACCGACUAAAUACAAUAUGGUCUAGACAUGGAGACUUACAGAUCUCGGACAUGAGGAAUGGAUGUUUUAUAGUACAAUUCCGUAAUUAGAAGGACUAUGGAUGGGUGACGAUAGGUGGAUCAUGGAUGCUGGGGGACACCUACUUGAUGGUUCAUAGAUGGUUUAAGGAUUUUAACCCGUGGAAAACUGUGGUGACAUCAACAAUGGUGUGGGCUCAAUUACCCGAACUGCCGAUUGAAUUCAUCAAUAAAUAAGUCGUGAUGAAGAUUGCGGAUUGGUUGGGAAGACCGGUACAAGUGGAUAGAGCGACUGAACUGGGUGCCCGAGGAAAGUAUGCUAGGGUAUGUGUUGAGGUAGACCUAACGCAGCCGCUACUAUCACAAUUUAAGAUAGAGGGAGUCACAUACCUGGUCCAAUAUGAGGGCUUAGAUGAUCUAUGUACUUGUAGUGAGACGUACAGGAAAACGGUCGGGACAUGUCAAUGUGCCAAAUUGGUAAAUGAAAUGGAAAUGGAAGGUAACAAGGAAGUGGAACCGGAGGUAAGGGAGGAUCCCACACAGGGGCGUCCAUAUGGCAACUGGAUGGUUGUCAAAUGCCAGGGGCGAGGAUAUGAUCGGAGGAAGGGGAAGGGGAAGGGAACAAAGAAAGAUGAGACGGGAACGAAUAGGUUCUAGAAGCUGGCAACGCAGACGACCCGGAUUGUGACUGGGGAAGAAGAGAAGGAGACCGAUAAGGGAAUAGAGGUUGGUGAAGAGGAGAGUUUAGAGCGAGAAAAACAUGAGGUACGUGACCAGGCCCAUGCAGAUACGCAUGCAACGCGGUCCCAGAUGGGAGUUCAGGUCAAAAACUCACAAAUGUGAUGACGUCGAGCAAGCAAUAUAUGGGGGCAAAAGAGGGAUCUGGGGGCCGAAUGGGUCCUGAUGUAAGUAAGGGGCAGGGUGUUCAUGUCCCACAUGGGAGUAUAAGAAAGUCCAAAGGUAAAAAUGCUGAUGGAAAGAAGAUGGAACAGAACAAGGGAGAGAACAAUACAGGUAUAGGGAGUCG